AUGUCGGGACAGCAGGACCGCACUAGUAAAGCUCUAGUUCAAGCAUCAGCAGCAGUACUCAAGAGAGCGAGGAGGAAGCGCCUGUCCGAAGCGUCACCAUUGGUAGCCUCCUUGCCCAAGCAAAUAGCAGCAGUGGACAUAGUCUUGGGAAGCGCCUGUCCCAUUUGGGGUCAAUCCCGUUACCUUUCUUUUGACAGGUUGGGCACUUAUGGUUUGGCUGAAUUUCAGAUAGAGGGGGAUGGGAAUUGUCAGUUCCGAGCUUUGGCUGACCAGAUAUUUCGCAAUCCUGACUAUCAUAAGCAUGUGAGAAAAGCUGUCAUGAAACAGCUGAAGGAAUUCAGAAAACAAUAUGAAAGUUAUGUACCAAUGGAAUAUAAGGUGUACUUGAAGAAAAUGAAAAGAUCUGGUGAAUGGGGGGAUCAUCUGACCUUACAAGCGGCUGCAGAUCGGUUUGGUGCCAAAAUUUGUUUGCUGACAUCAUUUAAAGACACCUGCUUAAUUGAGAUAGUCCCUAGGGAUCUAACUCCCACAAAAGAGCUUUGGUUAAGCUUCUGGUGUGAAGUACACUACAAUUCCUUGUAUGGAAUCGACGAUCUCCUGACCCGCAAGGCGAAGAAGAAGCACUGGCUGUUCUAG